AUGAUCAAGUGGCUGAUUUUAUACGAAGACAGAUGCCCAAGUGAUAGUAAGUGCUCAACUCAGAGCACACGGGUCAGCCCAAGUAUCAGUAACCCAUACGCCUCAGCAAUCGGAUAUGGCCAGGCUUUCCUGUUGUUCUCGUCGAUUUUCUUGAACAUUGCUUGUGCGGUCGAUCUCAGGUUCCAAGGUUUGGAGCACCUACAAGUCAACAUUUAG